AUGGCCAAUGACGCCGGUGAUGGUACUAUAGUCAGGCUGGUGCGAGAUAACUUGGCGUACUGCCAAUUUUGGACUGAACUCUGUGUCUGCGACCGAACGCUGGCCUGGCGAGAUCAGACGCUUCAUCUGAUCUCUGGCAGGCCUACCCAGAAGCUGAGUCAUGAUGGCGACGAAGAGAUACACACUGAAUACGUCCUGCCCGUGGAGAUGUCACAGUAUAAGAAGGGGUACGUCACUCUUGAGUGUCUAGACAAAGUGUUCUGCCAAAUGUGCCCGCCGUCAGCCAGCAGACUGACACUGGCGAUAGUGAGCAAUGACGGGACCGUAGCGUUCUACUACGUGUACAAGGGGUUACAUAAGCCGAAGAGGAAUUGA